AUGGCUCCUUUCUACGACUGUCCGCGUGUCAACGCAACGAUACCGCCCCUGAGCACAACAAACGUUGUCUCCUCCCUCAUCAAGAGACAUCUCAAAGAGCCCAAACAAUUCCCAUCAAUGUGGGAUCCGGCUUAUAAGACCAAGACCGCCAGCAAGAAAUGGUCAGUCCAAACCUGGCUUAAAGUGAUUGGCGGUGUUAUUCUGGCUAUCGCCCUUUUGUCGUUAUUUAUCAGCAUGGCUGGCAUCCCCGGCCGUCGCUUCACGGACACGUUUAACCCGCCAACGCCGCCGCCGCCUCCUUCGCCUCCGCCAGAGCCUGAAUACGUGAUGUAUCAUAGUCCUGGCGCAAGCACAUAG